CGGCUGCGGACGCUCCUCGGUCACAUUCUAUAAAGUGUCACUCAGAGUUACCCACUUGAUACAAUAACACACGACGAACAACACUUGCAACUCUACAAUAAACAAUUUUCUUCUUCUUCUUUUCUUCUACCAGUGACGUACAUAGAGAGGCAACAGCCCCAUCAUCAUGAAUUGCUCUUUUUGUUCAUUCGCCGCUUUCAUUUUCGCCGUUUUAAUCAUCUUUACCGUGGGCACAUCCGAAGCAAAAAGGGGUUGUUCAACGUUCGGCCAUUCGUGCUACGGUGGAAUGGGCAAGAGGGCAAACGAUGAGGAAGUAAAUGCAGAAGUUUUCCAGGAAAUAGAACAGGAUAAUCCUGAAAUAAUAUUUACCGGCCCCAGAAACAGUGAAGUUGAUGAAACAUGGGCUCCUGAACCAAAACUUUCGUUACAACAAUAUCGCCACUUUUCUCCCUAUUUAAAGCAAUGGUUUUAG